AUGGCAGAGCCAGCUGAGCUCCCACUUUCACGUCUUGUUGUACCUAUACUCCUUGGAAUUGGCUGGAUAGUGGGUUGUGCAUUAAUGGUUUACAUUGUCUUCUCUUGA